AUGCCUGUACUUGGGGUUGCCUCAAAGCUAAGACAACCAGCUGUAGGGUCAAAGCCUGUUCAUACUGCCCUUCCGAUACCAAAUCUUGGCACGACUGGGUCACAGCAGUAUUCAUCAAAGUCUUUGGAGCUUACUGGGGCAGAGAGCUCAAUGCUUUCUUGUCAGCUUACAUUAAAGUCAACCUGUGAUUUUGGAGAGAAGAAAACACUUCAAGGAAAAACCAAGGAGACAGAGGAUAGUAAGAUUUACACUGACUGGGCUAACCACUACCUAGCAAAAUCUGGCCACAAGCGGCUGAUCAAGGAUUUGCAACAGGACAUUGCAGAUGGAGUUCUGCUAGCAGAAAUCAUCCAGAUCAUUGCCAAUGAAAAGGUUGAAGAUAUCAAUGGCUGUCCCAGGAGCCAAUCUCAAAUGAUUGAGAAUGUUGAUGUCUGCCUUAGCUUUCUGGCAGCCAGAGGAGUAAAUGUUCAAGGUCUUUCUGCUGAAGAAAUAAGGAAUGGAAAUUUGAAAGCCAUUUUAGGACUGUUUUUCAGUUUGUCUCGGUACAAACAGCAGCAGCACCAUCAGCAACAAUACUACCAGUCUUUGGUAGAGUUACAACAGCACGUCUCUCAUUCUUCCCCUCCCGCUGAAAUCAGCCAAUCCAAAACACAGCAAGAUAUGCAGUCCAGUCUGAGAGCCAGAUAUGCAACUCAGUCUAAUCACAGUGGAAUUGCAACCAGUCAAAAAAAGACUUCUAGGCUUCCAGGGCCCUCAAGGGUGCCAGCUGCAGGCAGCAGUACCAAGGUCCAGGGAGCUUCUAAUUUAAAUCGGAGAAGUCAGAGCUUUAACAGCAUUGACAAAAACAAGCCUCCACAAUAUGCAAAUGGCAAUGAAAAAGAUUCACCAAAAGGCCCUCACCCAUCUGCAGGCAUGAAUGGAAAUGUGCAGCAUCCCACCAGCACUGGGCAGCAGCCGGUCUCUGCCAUACCCUCUCCAAGUGCCAGCAAGCCUUGGCGCAGCAAAUCCAUGAAUGUCAAACACAGUGCCACCUCCACCAUGCUGUCCGUGAAGCAGCCUAGUCCCGCCACCUCCCCUACUCCAUCUUCAGACAGGCUCAAGCCACCCCUUUCUGAAGGAGCGAAACCCCCUUCAUCCGGACAGAAAUCCAUGCUGGAAAAGUUCAAGCUGGUUAAUGCUAGGACUGCUUUAAGACCCCCCUUGUCAUCCAGUUCAGGACCCAAUGAGAGUGGAAGAGAGGAUGAUACCUUUUCGGAGUGUGGUGAAAUGGACGGCUUUAGCAGUGGGCUAAAUAGUGGUGGCUCCACCAGUAGCAGUCCUAAAGUGUCGCCUAAGCUAACCCCUCCAAAAGCUGGAAGCAAAAAUCUCAGCAAUAAAAAGUCUUUGCUACAGCCAAAGGACAAAGAGGAAAAGAACAGGGACAAAAAUAAAGUUUGCACUGAGAAAACAGUAAAGGAAGAGAAGGACCAGGUCACUGAAACAUCUACAAAGAAGAGCUCAAAAAUUGCAAGCUUGAUCCCAAAGGGGAGCAAGACUACAGCAGCCAAGAAGGAAAGUUUAAUACCCUCCUCUAGUGGGAUACCAAAACCUGGAUCAAAGGUACCAACAGCAAAGCAGAGUGCUUCAGCUGUGUGUGCAGGAAGUAAAGAGUCUGAAAAAUUCAGGACUACAAAGGGCAACCAGUCUCAAUCGACAACGAAAUCACAAGCUAAUGAGAGAGCCUCCACUUCCUGUAGUCUUGCUUCUUCUGAAGGAAAAGAAUCUAGCCCAGCUCUGACCCCUGGUUCUUCUGCAGCUCUUUCUGUUUCAAUGGCUGCAAGCAGUGGACAAGUCACAGGAAAUGGCAUCGUCCAACUUCCUCAACAACAGCAAUAUAGUCACCCAAACACUGCCACAGUAGCUCCUUUCAUUUAUAGAACACACUCAGAAAAUGACAGUACCUCUUUACCACCUGCUGACUCCUGCACCAGUCCUACUAAAAUGGAUUUAUCAUACAGUAAGACUGCCAAACAGUGCCUAGAGGAGAUAUCUGGAGAAGACCCAGAAACAAGAAGAAUGCGAACAGUAAAGAAUAUAGCAGAUCUGCGACAGAAUUUGGAAGAAACUAUGUCCAGCCUUAGAGGGACCCAGAUAAGCCACAGCACAUUAGAGACAACUUUUGACAGCACUGUGACAACCGAAGUGAAUGGGAGAAGUAUACCAAGCUUGACAAGCAGAUCCACGCCAGUGACUUGGAGGCUUGGCCAGGCUAGUCCUCGCCUCCAGGCAGGAGAUGCCCCAUCCUUAGGUAGUGGUUACCCUCGCAGUAGUGCUGGUCGCUUCAUACAUACUGACCCCUCGCGAUUCAUGUAUACCACACCUCUUCGCCGAGCAGCUGUUUCUCGCCUCGGGAAUAUGUCACAGAUUGACAUGAAUGAAAAAGGAAGCAGUGAUCUGGACAUGUCCUCUGAAGUUGAUGUUGGAGGUUACAUGAGUGAUGGGGACAUUCUUGGGAAAAGCCUCAGAACAGAUGACAUCAAUAGUGGGUACAUGACAGAUGGAGGACUCAACCUGUAUACAAGAAGUCUGAACCGAAUACCAGACCUAGCUGCCUCCCGAGACGUAAUCCAGAGAGGGGUGCAUGAUGUGACUGUGGAUGCUGACAGCUGGGAUGACAGCAGCUCAGUUAGUAGUGGCCUCAGCGACACUCUUGAUAACCUCAGCACGGAUGACCUGAACACGACCUCAUCUGUCAGCUCUUAUUCCAAUAUUACUGCUUCUUCAAGAAAAAACGCUCACACUCAGCUGAAGACUGAUUCAGAGAAACGGUCCGUAACAGACAGUGAAAACUGGGGCAGCACUGAAGAACUGAAGAAGCCAGAGGAGGACUUUGACAGCAACGUAGACGGCAGUGGGAAAUGGAAGGGCCUUCCCUCGGGGCUGUCUGAAGACUCAGAGAAGGGAGGUCAGAAAGCAUCUCUGUCUGUUUCACAGACUGGAUCCUGGAGGAGAGGCAUGACAGCACAAGUCGGAACGACCUCAUCCAGACACAAAGCUGGGACAAGUGCUCUCAAGACACCUGGAAAAACAGAUGAUGCGAAGGCUUCUGAAAAAGUGAAAACUCCCCUCAAAGGCACCUCUAUACAGCGCUCUCCAUCAGACGCAGGAAAAAGCAGUGGCGAUGAAGGAAAAAAGCCUCCCUCUGGCAUUGGACGAUCAACAGCUACUGGCUCCUUUGGAUUCAAGAAGGCUGGGGUGGGAUCUUCGACUAUAAUCACCACAAGUGGGGCAACCAUAACAAGUGGGUCGGCGACACUGGGGAAGAUGCCCAAAUCCUCAGCCAUUGGUGGCAAGUCAAAUGCAGGGAGGAAAACUAGCUUAGAUGGGUCACAGAAUCAGGAUGACGGUGUAUUACAUGUUAACUCGAAGACCACACUGCAGUAUCGGAGUUUGCCACGCCCUUCAAAAUCGAGCACCAGCGGUAUUCCCGGAAGAGGUGGACACAGGUCCAGCACCAGCAGCAUCGACUCUAAUGUCAGCAGCAAGUCUGCAGGUGCUGCCACCACCAAACUGAGAGAGCCCACGAAGAUUGGCUCAGGGCGCUCCAGUCCCGUCACCAUCAAUCAGACAGACAAGGAAAAAGAGAAAGUGGCAGUGUCUGAUUCCGAGAGUGUUUCAUUGUCCAGUUCCCCCAAAUCCAGCCCAACCUCCGCCAGUGCCUGUGGGACACCAGGACUCAGGCAGCCAGGAUCCAAAUACCCAGACAUUGCCUCGCCCACAUUCCGAAGGUUGUUUGGUGCCAAGGCUGGUGGCAAAGCUACCUCUGCACCCAGUACUGAAAGUGUGAAACCCACAUCAGCAAUGCCCAGCCCUAGUACCACAUUAGCACGGCAAGGAAGCCUAGAAUCUCCAUCUUCGGGUACAGGCAGCAUGGGCAGUGCAGGUGGGCAAAGUGGUAGCAGCAGCCCCCUCUUCAGUAAACCCUCGGAAUUAAAUACAGAUGUUGUAAGCUUAAGUCAGUCCUUGGCUUCCAGUCCAGCAUCUGUUCACUCUUUCACAUCAGGUGGUCUCGUGUGGGCUGCAAACCUGAGCAGCUCCUCAGCCGGCAGUAAGGACACACCAAGUUACCAGUCAAUGACUAGCCUGCACACGAGCUCUGAAUCUAUUGAUCUCCCUCUGAGCCAUCAUGGCUCUCUCUCUGGAUUGACGACAGGCACUCAGGAGGUUCAGAGCAUGCUCAUGAGGACUGGAAGUGUCAGAUCUACACUAUCGGAAAGCAUGCAGCUUGACAGAAAUACACUACCCAAAAAGGGACUAAGAUAUACCCCGUCAUCUCGGCAGACCAGCCAGGAGGAGGGCAAAGAGUGGCUGCGCUCCCAUUCCACUGGAGGUCUGCAGGACACUGGCAGUCAGUCCCCUAUCGUUUCGCCUUCAGCUAUGUCUUCCUCUGCAACUGGGAAAUAUCACUUUUCCAACUUGGUGAGUCCAACCAACCUGUCCCAGUUUAACCUUCCUGGACCCAGUAUGAUGCGUUCAAACAGCAUCCCUGCACAAGACUCUUCUUUUGACCUGUAUGAUGACUCCCAGCUGUGUGGCAGUGCCACAUCCUUAGAAGAGAGACCACGAGCAAUCAGUCAUUCAGGCUCAUUCAGAGACAGCAUGGAAGAAGUACAUGGGUCCUCAUUAUCACUGGUCUCCAGCACCUCCUCUCUCUAUUCUACAGCAGAAGAAAAGGCACAUUCAGAGCAAAUUCAUAAACUCCGAAGGGAACUGGUUGCAUCACAGGAAAAAGUUGCCACCCUCACAUCCCAGCUUUCAGCAAAUGCUCAUCUAGUAGCAGCUUUUGAAAAGAGCUUAGGAAAUAUGACCGGCCGACUGCAGAGCCUAACAAUGACAGCUGAACAAAAGGAAUCUGAGCUUAUAGAACUAAGAGAAACCAUUGAAAUGCUGAAAGCCCAGAAUUCUGCUGCGCAGGCUGCUAUUCAGGGAGCUUUGAAUGGCCCUGAUCAUGCCCACAAAGAUUUGCGUAUAAGACGACAACAUUCCUCAGAAAGUGUUUCCAGCAUCAACAGUGCCACAAGCCAUUCAAGCAUUGGCAGCGGUAAUGAUGCUGACUCCAAGAAAAAGAAAAAGAAAAACUGGGUGAACUCUAGAGGAAGUGAGCUAAGAAGCUCAUUCAAACAGGCCUUUGGAAAGAAAAAGUCCACCAAGCCUCCUUCCUCACAUUCCGACAUAGAGGAACUCACCGAUUCAUCUCUUCCAUCAUCACCCAAAUUGCCCCACAACUCAGGGGACUGUGGGACAUUGUCAAUGAAACCAUCACAGUCAGCAUCUGCGUCAUCUCUAAUCUGGGCACCAAAGAAAAGGCAAAAUGGUCAUGUGACCUACAAGCAUAGAUCCCGGAUAUGUGAGUGCACAGAGGCAGAGGCUGAAAUUAUUCUACAGCUAAAGAGUGAGCUGAGGGAAAAAGAGCUAAAGUUAACAGACAUUCGUCUCGAGGCCCUCAGCUCGGCACACCAUCUUGAUCAGAUUCGUGAAGCCAUGAACCGCAUGCAGAAUGAAAUUGAGAUACUGAAAGCUGAAAAUGAUCGCUUAAAGGCAGAGACUGGAAACACCGGGAAGCCGGCUCGACCAUCUUCUGAGUCUUCAAGCAGCACAUCCUCCUCUUCAUCACGGCAAUCAUUAGGGCUUUCUCUGAACAACUUGAAUAUCACAGACUCUGUUACGUCAGAUAUUUUACUGGAUGAUGUCACAGAUGGAGCCCUCCCCAAAGAAGGCCACAGUGUUAAAAUUAUAGUCACCAUAAGUAAGGGCUAUGGUCGAUCCAAGGAUCAAAAGACGCAGGCAUAUUUGAUAGGAUCCAUUGGGGUUAGUGGGAAAACCAAAUGGGACGUUUUAGAUGGAGUAAUUAGACGUCUCUUUAAGGAAUAUAUCUUCCGAGUGGAUCCAGCUACUAGCCUGGGUUUAAGCUCCGAUUGUAUUGCUAGCUACUGUAUAGGGGAUUUAAUCAGAGCCCAUAGCCUGGAAGUGCCUGAACUGCUGCCUUGUGGAUAUCUGGUUGGAGAUAAUAACAUCAUCACCGUGAACCUGAAAGGAGUGGAAGAAAACAGUUUGGACAGUUUUGUGUUUGAUACACUAAUUCCUAAGCCAAUUACCCAACGGUACUUUAAUUUGCUGAUGGAGCAUCACAGAAUCAUCCUGUCAGGACCCAGUGGCACUGGAAAGACCUAUUUAGCCAACAGACUGGCUGAAUACAUAAUAACUAAAUUGGGCAGGAAAAAAACUGAGGAUGCAAUUGCUACUUUUAAUGUAGAUCACAAAUCAAGCAAGGAUCUGCGUCAAUACCUAGCUAACCUGGCUGAGCAGUGCAGUGCUGACAAUAGUGGUGCUGAUCUCCCUGUAGUAAUAAUUCUUGAUAACCUCCACCAUAUUGGUUCUUUGAGUGAUAUCUUCAAUGGUUUCCUCAAUUGUAAAUAUAAUACAUGUCCCUAUAUUAUUGGAACAAUGAACCAAGGGGUUACUUCAUCACCAAAUCUAGAGCUGCAUCACAAUUUCAGGUGGGUGCUAUGUGCUAAUCACACGGAACCUGUAAAAGGUUUCCUGGGCAGGUAUCUGAGAAGGAAACUGAUUGAGACAGAAAUAGAAAGGAACAUGCGCAAUAAUGACCUCAUCAAGAUUAUUGACUGGAUCCCUAAGACAUGGCAUCAUCUCAACAGCUUUUUAGAAACGCACAGCUCCUCAGAUGUGACCAUUGGUCCUCGCCUUUUCCUCCCCUGCCCCAUGGAUGUUGAUGGCUCCAGAGUGUGGUUCACAGACCUUUGGAACUAUUCUUUGGUGCCAUAUCUUCUGGAGGCCGUGAGAGAGGGACUUCAGAUGUAUGGUAAAAGAGCGCCAUGGGAGGAUCCCUCAAAGUGGGUAGCAGAUACUUACCCAUGGAGCUCCGCACCUGUGCAGCAUGAAUGGCCAUCAUUACUUCAGUUAAGACCAGAAGACAUUGGGUUUGAGGGUUACGCAUCUGCACAAGAAGGAACCACCUCCAAGCACAUUCCACAAAGCGACACUGAAGGGGAUCCCUUGAUGAAUAUGCUAAUGAGGCUCCAAGAAGCAGCCAAUUACUCGAGUGCACAAAGCUGUGACAGUGAUAGCACCAGCCACCAUGAUGACAUUUUGGAUUCCUCUCUUGAAUCAACUCUCUAG